CAUUAAGUCGUGCAACUCAUGUUAUUCUGUCGACUUCCAUACAAUAUGGGGUUUCCAGAUCUUCAACCACUUUUGCAAAGCCUCCUGAAAUCAGGUCGGUACUCCGACCUAACGAUAUCAUGUGAAGGCCGUCAGUUUGCAGUACACCGCGCCAUAGUCUGCUGCCAGUCAUCAUUUUUCGAUGCUGCAGUCAAACCAGGAUUCAAGGAGGCUGCUUCAUCGCAUAUCGACCUACUUGAUGAUGAAUUUGCAACCAUUCAGCGAGUUGUUGAUUUUCUUUAUAUUCGAGAUUAUGAUGACACGGGCUUUCCAGACAUUGAGGACAAAACAUCUGUUUCGGACGACAAUAAGGAUUCUCAAGCAGUUUUGUGGAACAACCUCGAUGUUUUUAUGGCAGCCGACAAAUUUGAUAUUGCGCCUCUAAAACAGCUUGCAAGAACUCGCCUCCUCAACUGGAUUAACAAAAAUGCCAACAGACUUCCAUUUAUCGUGCGAGAGAUCUGGGUCACUCUUCCACCUCUCGAGACUGAGCUUCGGGAUGCCAUAGUCAAGGCAAUCUCAUGCCACGCCGAAGAAUUCCUGAACAACGAUGAGAGUGUCGCAAUUCUGACAGAUUUACCCGCAAUUGCUAUUGCGGUUCUUAAAGAAAAGGUUAAUGAAAAUGUUCUUCUCAAACUUCAAAGGCAGAGGAUGCAAGUGCGAGGGAGGUAUUGAUAAUGAUACCGUUAUGUAGUGCUUUCUGCAACGUUAAAUUUGUUUGUUUCUAUCCAUAGUCCAUGGAAAGGUUUCUAGGGCCAUUAACGCCAAGCUCAUCUCAGGGAAAUAGACAUUCUUUUUAGGCUAGUUGUACCCCGCCAACUCCUUUCGCGAAAGGUCUUAUCUUGUGCGCAGUGGGGGGACUUUUUUCAUAUGGAACUGGAGAUUUCUUACUAGGAUCCUUGACCUGUCCAACCUUCACAUGCAAAAGCCUGACAUGCAUAUGAGAGUAGGCAACAAGGUCUUGAAAGGCCCAACAGGAGCGAGCAGGUUUAGUACAGUGUUGGCGUAACUUUUUCC